GAGGCCGGGCUGGGGCGUGUGAGGGCGCUGGGCGGCGGCGUCUCCAUGGCCUGGCCUGCUGGCCCUCCGGGCGGCUGGCGAUGAAGUGAGGGGCGGGCGCGGGGCCCUGUGCCUGCCAGCCAUGAACUACCCGCCGCCGCCUCCGCCGCAGCAGCAGUACCAGCAGCAGCAGCAGCUGGCUCACUCGGCCGCCAUCCGGGCGGAGAUCGGCCGCUUCGAGUCCGUGCACCCCAACAUCUACUCCAUCUACGAGCUGCUGGAGCGGGUGGAGGAGCCGGCGCUGCAGGGCCAGAUCCGGGAGCACGUCAUCGCCAUCGAAGAUGCCUUUGUAAAUAGCCAGGAAUGGACACUAAGUCGUUCUGUGCCAGAACUCAAAGUGGGCAUUGUGGGAAAUCUAGCUAGUGGUAAAUCUGCCCUUGUGCAUCGGUAUCUAACUGGGACAUAUGUCCAGGAGGAAUCACCAGAAGGUGGAAGAUUCAAGAAGGAGAUUGUAGUCGAUGGACAAAGCUACCUGCUGCUGAUCAGAGAUGAAGGGGGUCCUCCGGAGGCCCAGUUUGCCAUGUGGGUGGAUGCUGUUAUAUUUGUCUUCAGCCUGGAGGAUGAAAUUAGCUUCCAGACUGUGUAUCACUACUACAGCCGUAUGGUGAACUAUCGCAACACUAAUGAAAUCCCAAUGGUGCUAGUGGGAACUCAGGAUGCUAUAAGUUCCAGUAAUCCUCGUGUCAUCGAUGAUGCUAGAGCACGGAAGUUGUCAAACGAUUUAAAAAGAUGCACCUACUAUGAAACCUGUGCCACCUACGGGCUGAAUGUGGAAAGAGUCUUUCAGGAUGUUGCGCAGAAGAUUGUGGCAACGAGAAAAAAACAGCAGCUUUCGAUAGGCCCUUGUAAAUCACUACCAAACUCUCCGAGUCACUCGUCCGUGUGCUCCGCUCAGGUCUCUGCAAUACACAUCAGCCAGACCAGCAAUGGAGGAGGCAGCUUAAGCGACUAUUCCUCCUCGGUCCCCUCCACUCCGAGCACCAGCCAGAAGGAGCUGCGGAUCGAUGUCCCUCCCACCACUAACACUCCAACACCUGUUCGCAAACAGUCGAAGCGCCGGUCCAACCUUUUUGCGUCUCGGAAAGGGAGCGACCCAGACAAAGAGAAGAAAGGAUUGGAGAGCAGAGCGGAUAGCAUCGGAAGCGGCCGUGCGAUCCCAAUUAAACAGGGUAUGCUGCUAAAGCGAAGUGGCAAGUCAUUGAAUAAAGAGUGGAAAAAGAAAUACGUUACUCUCUGUGAUAAUGGUGUGCUGACCUAUCAUCCGAGUUUGCACGACUAUAUGCAGAACGUUCAUGGGAAAGAAAUUGAUCUUCUAAGGACCACAGUUAAAGUCCCUGGGAAAAGGCCACCCCGAGCCACAUCAGCAUGCGCGCCCAUUUCUAGUCCCAAAACAAAUGGCUUGUCCAAAGAUAUGAGCAGCUUGCAUCUCUCACCAAAUUCAGGGAACGUGACUACUAGCACCUCUGUGUCUCAGAUGACGAGUGGCAUCAGUCUUGUUUCCUUCAACAGUCGUCCUGAUGGGAUGCAUCAGAGAUCCUACUCUGUUUCCAGUGCUGACCAGUGGAGUGAAGUGACAGUCAUUGCAAACUCAGGCAUCAGUAGUGAUACUGGCUUGGGAGAUUCUGUGUGUUCCAGCCCCAGUAUGUCUAGUACCACAAGCCCUAAGCUGGACCCUCCUCCUUCCCCUCACGCUAACAGGAAAAAACAUCGCAGGAAGAAAAGCACUAGCAAUUUUAAACCUGACGGUAUUUCAGGCACUGCUGAAGCCAAACGCAAAGCAUGGAAACUAAACCGUGUUGGUAGCCUGCGAAAUAUAUACAGCAAGCAAGAAGAAAAUUUUGAAUUCAUCAUUGUGUCCCUUACGGGUCAGACUUGGCACUUUGAAGCAACGACGUAUGAAGAAAGAGACGCCUGGGUGCAAGCGAUAGAGAGCCAGAUUCUGGCCAGUCUGCAGUCCUGUGAGAGCAGCAAGAAUAAGUCCCGACUGACAAGUCAGAAUGAAGCCAUGGCCCUUCAGUCAAUAAGGAGCAUUAGAGGCAACUCUCGCUGUGUGGACUGCGAAGCACAAAAUCCUGACUGGGCGAGUUUAAAUCUGGGAGCUCUCAUGUGCAUCGAGUGCUCAGGAAUACACCGGAACCUUGGCACCCACCUGUCGCGCGUCCGAUCCCUCGACUUGGACGACUGGCCUGUUGAGCUGAUCAAAGUGAUGUCCUCCAUUGGGAACGAGUUGGCCAAUAGUGUGUGGGAAGAAAUGACCCAGGGGCGUGUGAAGCCCUCCCCAGAUUCCACAAGGGAAGAAAAAGAGCACUGGAUCCGGGCAAAAUAUGAGCAGAAGCUCUUCCUUGCUCCACUGCCGUGCUUAGAGCUUUCCUUGGGGCAGCACUUGCUACGAGCAACGGCGGAGGAGGACCUGCGGACGGUCAUCCUUCUUCUGGCCCACGGGUCACGAGAAGAAGUGAACGAGACCUGCGGAGACGGGGAUGGGCGGUCGUCCUUACAUUUGGCUUGCAGGAAAGGAAACGUCGUGCUGGUGCAGCUCUUGAUUUGGUACGGUGUCGAUGUCAUGGCCCGCGAUGCCCACGGAAACGGAGCCCUGGCCUACGCCAGGCAGGCCUCGAGCCAAGAGUGCGUGGACAUCCUCCUGCAGUACGGCUGUCCGGACGAGCGCUUUGUCCUCAUGGCCACUCCGAACUUGUCCCGGAAGAACACUAACAGGAACAACAGCAGCACGGCCAGGAUGCCCUCCAUCAUCUGAAGGAUCUGGUGCUCUCGUUUUUUUUGUGGCAUCACUAACAUCCCCACAGCCCUCCGAUUAUGCAUAACCUUCACAGCUUGAGGUUCUGUGAGUCUAUAAAAUAUGCCUUCUCCUUUCCUCUCCAAGCCCUCACUUUCUCCAGGGGGAAACAAAUUGCCAGGGAUCUUGUAAAGAGAGACCAGGAGGAGGAAAGAGGAUUGCAGGAACCAUUUGUUUUAAUAAAAAGAUCUUGACUGAUGAAACUGUAAAAAGGGGGAGGGUAAGACAAAGAGACAUCAUGGAGUCACUAAUUAUAGCACAUGGCUGAGGCCUGUUGGACGGGGAUGUCUGCCGGCGGGGGGCCUCUGGCCAGCAUUGCAUGAGAGUCACUGGCCAGGAACGGCAGGCGGAAGAGAAGAGAAAGAGAGAGACCAGAAAUUGUAACUUUUCAUAACUGACAGUUAAGCACAUCGGUACAUUUCACCUCUACCAAACUGAACCACUUGGAUUUCAUUCUCUUUUCCGAAGAGCUUGACGGCAUAAAUCAGGAGCAAGCACAGAGUUUGUCAGGUUUGAAGCUCCUAUGAUGGUAUGUGUCAAAUCAGUUGUAGCUAAUCUGUCCGGGGAGAAUACUGGCUUCAUUACACAUCUAUAGUUGAGUUCUUCCAGCAUUACUGCUGUUUAAUAGAACAUGAUUAGUCAUCACGGAGAAAAAAGCAUAUUAGCUGAGGAGGUAGUUACCCGGCACGCUUCAGUGAUUGCUUCGAUGUGAUUGCAAUAUUCUUAGAAGCCUCAGAUUAUCCCAGACAUGUUCUUUCAAGCCCUUGGAGUCCUCCUUUCUAAAUUCACUGUCAUAAUUUAGUAUCUGUUUAAUUUUUCAGUCCAAAGAGAGGAAAUCAGUUGCUUGAGUAUUAUUUGACUGUAGCCUUCCUCAAUGUAAAAACAAGAUGGGGAAAAGAGAUAAAUAAGAAUAGCUAUGAGAUGCAAAAAAAAAAAAGGAAUAAUGAAUA